CCAUUUCCCGACAAAAAGCCAAAAAAAAGAAAGAAACCCGAAAAAGAUCCAUGCCGCCCCCGCCCAACAACGUCAACCGUUCUCGUGCUUUGGCUGCUUUACUUUCUUCUCUGGUUUCCCAGCUCCUCUUGCUUCUUCUCCUCUUUUGCCCUUCCUCAACCCCUUUCUCUCUUCUCAAUUCCUUUUCCUCCACCCACCAAUUCUUUUUCCCUCUCCUCCACCAUUUUCUCUCCACCUCGGAAACUUCCGCCACUUUUUCCCUUUUGUCCUCUUUUUCCAGAAAACGCAAGCGGACCCAUUCUCCAAACUCCGAUGACCCGACCCAUGCCAACGCGGUGUCAGGGUCCGCACCCGACUCUGUCAUCCCGAAGAACCCAGAUUCCUACAAGCAAACUUUCAAGAUGAAUUGCUCAACUUUCGAGUGGCUGUGUGGCCUCCUCGAACCCCUUCUCGAAUGCCGGGACCCGGUUCAGUCCCCACUUAAUCUCCCCGUUGAGACCCGACUGGGAAUCGGACUUUUCCGACUCGCCACCGGAUCGAGUUACCAGGAAAUUUCCCGGCGGUUCCGCGUCUCGGAAUUGAUAGCCAAAUUCUGCGUCAAACACUUGUGCCGCGUUCUCUGCACCAAUUACCGAUUCUGGGUCGGGUUUCCAGCUGAGAACGAGCUUUAUUCCGUGUCAACUCAGUUUGAAAAGCUCGGUGGAUUGCCCAACUGCUGCGGAAUUAUUAAUUGCGCGAGGUUCAAGGUCAAAGGCUCUGAUUCAGUUUUAAAGUAUUCCCAUCUGGAAGACACAGUAGCUGCUCAAUUAGUGGUUGAUGCAUCAUCCAGAAUUCUGAGCAUUACAGCCGGUUUUCGCGGUAACAAGAGUAAUUUAACCGUCCUAAAUUCAUCAAGCUUGUAUAAAGAUACCGAAACAGGAGCUCUACUGCACACGCGGACGCUGUACAUAAAUAAUGUAGCUGUACCCCAGUAUUUGAUCGGGGGUGGUGGUUACCCUUUACUUCCUUGGUUGUUAGUCCCCUUUGCUGACCCUUUAGGAGGGUCUAGUGAAGAAAAUUUUAACAAUGUGGUAAAGAUCAUGUGUGUUCCGAUGCUUAAAACCAUAGCGAGUUUGAGGGGAUGGGGUGUUUUAAGCGGGCCAAUUGAUGCAGAGUUUAAGACAGCAGUAGCUAACAUUGGUGCUUGCUCUAUUCUUCACAAUAUGUUGCUUGCUAGGGAGGAUUAUUCAGCUUUUUGUGAUGAAGUUAGUGAAUUUAGGGUGGAUGAUCAGAGCUUUGAUUAUACUUUGGAUGAAAAUUUGAAUGAGAAGGGGUCUGCUAUAAGAACUGCACUCUCCACUAUAUCGAAGAGAGUUUAAUCUUAUUGGACUAUGUAGGAAGACUGAAAGAUUGAUCACAUUAAGGCAGCAACGAAGGGAGAUCAUAUAGAAAAGGGCUGUUAAUUGGACUGCGGUCAACAAUUUUGUGGGACGUAGCUAAGCACAGUUUUUUGUUCCUUCUUCCUUUCUUAUUAGAAAGUAGGGGGUACGCAUAGUCUGUAUAAAAUGAUCACAUUUUUUGUCGCUCAACUUGGUUUAAUUCAACAGAUACUUUUUUUUAAUGUAAAUAAAAUCUAAUUUUU